AUGCUGAGCGAAAACGUGACGCAUUCCCAGGGAGAACAUAGUCAUAAGUCCAGUACAUGUAUUCACUGUAACGCGACCUUCAGAGGUAAUCGAAAUUUAGAUAAUCACAUAAUUAAGAAACAUCCCGAAUUUCUAGCAACUGUUUCACGAAAAAUAUUCGAAUGUACACAUUGUACGUAUAAAACAGUAGUAAAAAACACUUUAGAUAGACACGUGCUGAAGCAUUCGGAGGGAGAACUCAAUCAUAGUACAUGUAUUCAUUGUACGGCAAGAUUCAAAAGUAAUCGAAGUUUAGAUGAUCAUAUAGUUAGGAAACAUCCGGACUUUUUGUCAUCUGUUUCUAUUAAAAUACAUGAAUGUACACACUGUAUAUAUAAAACCACGUUCAAGAGCAACUUAGUUUCGCAUAUGCUGAAGCAUACCGAGGGAGAACUUAAUCUGACAUCUGUUUCUAACGGGUGAUUUUUUAACAGGUAUAGGAUUUGAUUUUCAAAAAAAA